AUGGCGAUUGCCGGCUCUAGUGCACAGUUCACAUCGCCUAACGACCCCCUCUUCACAUUAGAAGAUGGCAAGCAGAUGAAUAGAGAGGAGUUCAUCGAGGACAUAAUGCAUGCAACCAAUACGUGUAUCAACAUCUGCCAAACACAUGGCGCUGUCAAUGAGCCAGUCAUGGUAUGCCUCGUUUACAUCAACCUGAUGGUAGUCAGUAGCUUCUAUGGGGACAACCAUCAUGCUACUUGGAGGCGUAUGGGCGACAGCGUAUCCGCACUUUACGCUGCGGGAAUCCACUGCGAGGCUUGCAACGUAGACGGUAGCAACGCAGAACCGUUCUUCAUGCGCGAAUUCAGGAGACGACUCUACGCGGCGAUAUAUUACGGCGACAAGACGCUAGCGGUGUUCUACGGAAGGCCUCCGAUGAUGGGCUGGAGAUACAGUGACCGCAAGAUGUUGUUGGACAUUAGCGAUCGCGCUAUGGCCUCGGACGAUACUGAAGUACUCAAUGCUGCGCUCUCGAAGCUCGACAGCGACGGUUGGAAUACCGAAGGUCAUCUACACCCUACUACUUUCGGUAGGAUGCGAUGCCAACUUGCUGUGUUUAAAGAGAGGUUGUUAGAGCAAAGUCUUGCAGGCGAAAAGGAUAGUGAAGUGGUACGGAAUGUCGAAGCAAUAUCUGCCGAAUGUGCCGAAUGGUGGAACUCAUUACCGACUCACCUUCGCUAUGAUACAUAUACCGAAGAAGCUGCUUGGGUAGACCGCGGUCCUGGUCUGGCCAUGCGACUGGUCGCCUACUACCUGGAUUACCUGCACGUACAUUUCCAAACACAACGCCUCCUUCAUCGGAUAACGCAACAAGCUCUGCCGGCAUUGUUGGAAGUGUCUCUGAAGCUACUGGUGUCCUCACUCGUGGCUUCCAAGCCGCAAAACCGCAUAUACGAAACUCGUCGCCAUUUCCCCACUGUCAUUUUAUUCUACUGUUCCCCAGCUGCUGGUGUAUUGGCACUAGAGCUGCGGAGAUGUACAAUUGAGGGCGUACCACUACCUAGCACAGUCUCCCGGGCCGACCUAAUCCGUAACCUUUCCGUGUUGACUUCAUGUUUGGAAUGGAGCGUUCUUCCCGGCGACGGCAAUCUCAAGCUUUGCAACGAGCUCAACAAAAUGCUCGCGCUGGUACUAGAUGAGGUCCUCAACUACGAACCUCCAACCAAAGGCACACCAGAUGCCGGUGACGAUACCGCAGCUAAUCUGACCGGGAUGGGGCAGGGAUUCUUCGACAUGCCCAUGACCGAGGGGCUGGAACCUAUACCGACAGAGUCCUCCGACUUUCUGAACUGGCUAGACAAUGCAACGUGGAAUAAUGCGGACUUGUUCUGA